ACGGCCGCUUUUUGUUCACAGCAAAUCACAAAAUUUGUAAUACGGAUUAACCGUGUGUAAAGAGAAAGUAAAAUUAAAUUAAACUCAUUAAAUACGGACGUUUCAGGCUCUAAAGUUUCAUCUACGUCAAACAAAUCUCGAAAUUAUACGUUUUGUUAUUUAAAAUGACAUAUUUGGUUUAUGCGAUACGCUACAGUCUUUCGCAUUUCUUAAAAUCGUAAUCAGUUCGAUAAAUUUACCGUGCAAAAGUAAUUAAAAACAGCUGGAAAUAGUAGCAAUUAAUUAUCGUAUGAAAGUAGUAGUCGGCCGUGUGUAGUGAACAUCUUCAACCCGCGAGACGUCAUUUAUUUCUUCGUUUGUCGGAACGGAAACGAUUUUUCACUCGGUCGUUUAACGCCUUUAAUCUCAACGAUCGUAUGCGGCCGAACAAGUAACGUGUCAGACUUUCCUUCUCAGGCGCUUCAUCGUCGUCGUCGACGAGAACAAUGGAGAAACACCGCGAGCUACUCCGCGCGAGCGUUCAUCGGACCGGUUAGUUUUCGACCGCGCGUUCACCACAUCACACUUCUCAGCGCGUACAAAGGAACGCGGUGACUGUACACCGUUAUCACAACCGUACGAUUCGCCGCGGUGGCCGGACGCAAAAAAUGUUCGGGACACGCGGUAAAACUCUGUGGACCAGAAGACACCACCGGUCGACGUCCGAGUUGGACACCGUUGACGCGUCAACAACACUACCGGCCGACCGGUACGGCGACAACGGCACGCCGACAAUCUCCGAACGCGGUUGGUGGUUUUUUUUCCUGUUUUUUUGUACGGCCACCGUAUCGGUAACCGCCGCGGACGACGACCUAUUUUCGAGAAUCAUUCGUCCGGCGGCUUCCGUGUCCGACGACCGAUGCGAAUAUCGUAUGCGCAGGGCUUUGACCGCCGCCAGUUCGAUGGACCUUUCUCGGUACGCGUUGCAUCGCAGGUUGCGGACGGUGCCGGGAGCCGAAAUGUACGUGACCGAAAUUCGAGCCGCGGUCGCCGACGACCGGUCGCAGUUCGGUGGCCGUCUCUACGACAUACGGCCGUGGGCUCAAAUCGCCGGAUGUCGGUACUAUCCGUCGAAGAGAGCGCUGCACGCCAACAUGCGCUUUGGCGGCCCGCUAACCGUUACCGGCACGGUGAGGUUGGUGUACGACGGAAACGUAGACGGCAAACGAACGCGGCAGUUUUUGAGCGGCGGCGGCAGUGAUUUCGAGUGCCGAGUGGUCGCACGGUUGCGGUCCGUCGGCGUAGACUUUACCGCUUCGCCAGCCGCCGAUUCGUCCGCCCCGGCCGACGGGUACGGGUCGGACGACGUCACCGUAUCGUCGUCGGUGACCAUCAGAACGACGGCUUCGUUGGUGGACGCGGUCGGUCAGAGUGCUCAGGUUUACGCCGGCGGUGCGGUCAGGCCAUCCGCCGGACCGGUUAGCGUUCGCGCGUACAACUGCGAGAACCUGUUGUUGUUGAAAACGAACCACGACGAAAGCGGACAGUCGGACACGGCCGAUUGGCGGCGGUCGCCGGUCGAAGACAUCAACGACGUUUGGACGACGGCCGACGAUGAACUGCGCAACGACCGAGACGACGUCUAUCGAAUAGAAAUCGACGGGUCCGGGCACGGCGAAGGAGACGAAGAGUUGUCGGGGCCCGACGGAUCGAGGUUUGUAUACGACGCUACGAAUUUCGAAAGCUACGGACCGAGAGUGCUGAACAAACGCCGUCGUCCUCCUCAACCACAGCAAGGUGGCGGCCACGACAGACGAUUGCGUGCGGUUAUUGAAAUCGAAGAAUCUUAUGUACGGGGUGUCCGCCAGCUACUGACCAAAUAUUUGGAACGCACUUUGCAACAGCCUCUACGCGAUUCACUUAUGGUACGCAUGGGAUUCGUUACUUCGUACGGUUAAGUGGAACGACGCCAUUGAGCGAUUUCUACCCAAUGAUUUUAAUUAAAAUCUUAGUCUUAGUUUUUAGUCAUAUAUUUAUUUUACUUAAUUGUUAUCGUUAAUUUUAUUAUGUAUGUGAUUUUUUUUUAUGUCCGAUUUAACAAAAACGAUUACCGCGAUAAAAAAUUGUUUUUCGAAAAACGUUAUUAUUCUAAUUUUCGUAGUGUUUUUAAAAUAAUUGUUUUUUAUUUGUACCGGUUUUUAAUGUGUCGUCGGCUUUUUGCCGUGAUCGUGUGUGUUAAAUUCUAUUGAAUUUAAUAACCGUUAUUUAUUUGUAUAG